CCGUACCAUCCUUCACACAACUACGAACCCUAGCAAUUACCAGAUAUUCCCCUUUCCUAAUUUCAGAUCUCCAUUUCAUUUUCUUCGCUGUCGUUGACCUUGGAGGGUGCUGAGAGUGAGUGUAACAAAUUACCAUCUAGUGUUUCAUUUCAACAGAUGGUUAGUUUGAUCAAGAAUUAGCAAUGAACUGUAGAUAUGAUAAGAUCUGAAGGCGGGGCAUUUGAAUUUGCUGCUUAAUAUGAAUUAAGAGAAAGGAGAUACGCAUGUUCUUGUAGGUUUUUGUCGCAUAUGCAUGCUGCAGCAAGUAACUACGAUUGUUUGUUGGUGUGAAAUAUAGAAGCUGGCCAGUAGCGUGGCUACCUGAUGUAAUGCCACACUCUGUUAAGGUCAGGCCGGUGGCUAUGUUGGAAGUUGUACAAGAGAUUGGCAUCUAUAUUCAUAGAUUUCACAAUCUUGACCUUUUUCAGCAGGGAUGGUAUCAGAUUAAAAUUACUAUGAGAUGGGAGGACAAUGAAAAUAUAUCUUUUGGAAUUCCAGCUAGAGUUGUUCAAUAUGAAGCUCCUGAUCUUGGUCCUAGCAGUAUAUAUGGUAUUUGGAGGAUUGAUGAUACAGACAACAGUUUCUCAACACAGCCCUUUCGGAUAAAAUAUGCUAGGCAGGACAUUCAUUUAUGUAUGAUGAUCUCGUUCAACUUAUCUCUUAGUAGAUUUGAGGGUUUACCUACAACAGCUGUAAUUUUAAAGUUUGAACUUAUGUAUGCUCCCACAUUUGAAAAUGGUGCUGACUUGCAAGAUUCUCUGGAUGCUUACCCUGCUGCUGUCCACGAAUUCCGAAUUCCUCCUAAAGCUCUUUUAGGAUUGCAUUCAUAUUGUCCUGUACAUUUUGAUGCUUUACAUGCUGUGCUUGUUGAUGUAAGUGUACAUGUCAGUUUACUGAAAGCUGCCUCUUAUCCGUCUGCAUCGAAGGUACCCAGCAGUUCUCGCAAUCCUGAAGUCAUUACUGAUAGACGUUAUGGCACAUUGAACCAAGGCUCAGCUGAAGUUGGCUAUCUAAAUUUGAAAAAUGUCAUGCUGGUUAAAGCAUUAUUAACAGCUCGUGAUAUAUUGCUGGAAGAACUACAAAAACUUAGCAAAGCAGUUGAUCAAGCUAUUGAUAUUUCAGAGUUUGUGUCAAAAAUGAACAAUGUGAAAUUAUUAAAUUCCGUUCUGCAAGCAAAUCAGUUUGCAACAGAUGUUGAAAUUUCAGGACAAGGCAAGCCACAGAAUGGUUUUGAGGGAGGAAAUGGUGCUCUAGAAUUUUCGAAUGUUGAAAAGCUUCUUUCCUUGUCGAAGAGUGAGCUGUUGGCCUGUUGUCAGUCAGUGGCUGAUCAAUUGUCAUAUUUAUGGAGCAUAUUUCUAAAUUUCCACAGGGAUAACAAAACAAAGAUUCUAGAAUUUUUGCGGGAUACAUGGGCUAAGGAUCGUAAAGCUGAAUGGUCAAUAUGGAUGGUGUACUCUAAGGUAGAGAUGCCUCAUCAUUAUAUAAAUAGUGGGAGCGAUGAGUCUUCCAAUCGUGGGGUACACAGAAGAGUUUCCAGUUUGUGGAAGUUAUCUGAUGAGCUUCCUCAGACUCUGGCUACACGUGCCGAACUUCAUCGAAGGAGCAUUGCACAAAUGAGGAUUAACAACCAGUCAAUUCAAGACAUGCAUAUUUUUGGAGAUCCUUCGCGGAUCCCAAUUGUGAUUGUUGAACGUGUGAUGAAUGCACCACGACGUACUAUCAGUGAAAAUUCAUACCUGAGACAUGUUGGUCGUGUAAAUUCACAUAGCUUUCAAACUGGAUUCGACAUGGACAUUGCAAACAAGAAAUCUGCUGUACAAAGUAAUGCUCGUGUUUUGAAGAUUGUUGUCUUUGUGCAUGGGUUUCAGGGGCAUCAUCUAGAUCUACGACUUCUUCGAAAUCAAUGGCUUUUGAUAGAUCCCAAGGUAGAAUUUCUUAUGUCAGAGGCUAAUGAAGAUAGAACAUUCGGAGAUUUCAGAGAAAUGGGACAAAGGCUAGCUCAGGAAGUUAUUUCUUUUGUUAAAAAGAAAAUGGACAAAGCAUCUAGAUAUGGAAAUUUGGGAGAUAUUAGGCUAAGUUUCGUUGGGCAUUCUAUUGGUAACCUCAUUAUAAGAACAGCAAUAGCAGAGAGCAUGAUGGAGCCAUUUCUAAGAUACCUAUAUACAUAUGUUUCAGUAUCUGGGCCGCACUUGGGGUAUCUUUACAGUUCCAACUCUUUGUUUAAUUCUGGACUAUGGAUUUUAAAGAAACUAAAAGGCACCCAGUGCAUUCAUCAGCUCACCUUCACAGAUGAUCCAGAUAUUCAGAAUACAUUCCUCUAUAAACUGUGUAAGCAGAAGACCUUGGAUCAUUUUAGGCAUAUUAUCUUGCUAUCUUCCCCUCAGGAUGGUUAUGUGCCUUAUCAUUCAGCUAGAAUAGAAUCAUGCCAGGCUGCUUCACAUGACAAUUCAAAGAAGGGCAUUGUGUUCCUAGAGAUGCUGAACGAUUGUUUGGACCAGAUCCGUGCCAAUCCCUCUGAACAUCGAGUGUUCAUACGUUGUGAUGUCAAUUUUGAUGCCACUGCAUAUGGCAAGAAUUUAAACUCUUUCAUUGGGCGUGCUGCACACAUUGAAUUUCUGGAGUCUGACAUUUUUGCAAAGUUCAUAAUGUGGUCAUUUCCAGAACUAUUUCGAUAGCAGUUGAUUUGCCUUAUUUGCAUUCAGGUUCUCUAAAGCAUUGAGGUAUAAGCUCUCCUAUUUAUUAGCUUCAGAGACCAAUAGUGGUCAGAUUUCAGUCACAGGUUAUACAAAGAAUGACAAUCACCUUGGUAUGCGUAAGUUGGCAGGAGCAUAUAAACAUCUGAGCUGCAUAUUUAGUUGGCUUCAAGAUGUUUAUUUGGAACACAUGUAUACAUAGCUUUAGGAAUGGUUCCAAGAAAUAUAGUGAUGUAAUUAUUUUAGGUUUGCUAGAUCACUGUUGAUGUUAUGCUUUUACAGUUAUUUAUUGGAAGCCAUUAUUGGUGAGGGAAGGGAUUCGGCACGCGAUGGAACACAGUAAUAGAAUUAGACAAAUUAUCUACCAAAGU